UCUAUGCUACAUGUGUGUGUUUUUAAUCAUGUGCAAUAUGUUUCUUACGUUGGUGGUAUUUAAUUCUGUAUUGCUUGUAGCCUGUUCAAAAGAUGUGACGCUGGUCAGAGAUGUUCGAACUGAGCGCGAGUCUUCUGAGGAAGAUGUGAGAAUCGAUAAAAUAAUGCGAGAGCUACAAGAUACAUGCAUCGAUGACAAUCAACGUCUAACUGGAGAAAAGCUGAAAAAGAAAACACAGAAUAUUUUAGACAGAAUUGACGUAUACAAAGAUGUGGUAAAAUUGAAUACACAACUCAGAAAAGAAAUAAAAUGGAUCAUUGAAGAAUCGAAAGCAGAAAGGGAUACGAGAAGAAUAUUUGACUCACUCAAGCAGGACACCAAAGGAAAGUGUUUGAGGCCAAAAGAUUGUACAGAUAUAAAGAGAAAUACAGAGAAAAAAAUGAAUAAUGGUGUUUACAGUAUUUAUCCAGGGGGAGAUAAUCCAGUUCAGGCGUACUGCGACAUGACCACAGACGGGGGAGGAUGGACGGUUAUGUUGAAAAGGUAUGGUGGAUCUGUUAGUUUUAAACGUAAAUGGGUUGAAUGCGAAAAUGGAUUUGGUGAUAUCAAUGGUGACUUUUGGUUCGGCAAUAAAUACACCCAUAUGUUGACCUCCAGUGGGAAGUACGAGUUGAGAGUGAACAUGAUCGAUGCAAGCAACAGGAAUGUAUACGCUGUAUAUAAAACAUUUAUUAUAGGAGAUGCUGCUUCGAAAUACAAGCUUACUGUUGGUGAUUACUCUGGAAAUGCAGGUGAUGCGUUUAAAAGCCAUAAUGGUAUGAAAUUUACAACAGUUGACCAGGACAAUGACACAUAUAACAAAAACUGUGCAUCCUAUAAUACAGGAUCCUGGUGGUAUUCUAAUUGUGUCAACUGUGACCUGAGUCGAACUAGUCGUAAACCGUAUUGGAGCGGCCAAGUAUCGAAACCAGUUAUGAUGAUCAGAAAAAUAUAG